GAUCGUUUUGAAAAAUAGAUCGAUAUAGUGUAGUUUUCGUGUGGCCGCCGUUCGAAUUGUCAUCGUUGCGUUGAGAACAAGCUCUGUUCUGUGUCGGUGGUACACUAUCGAAGAAUCGCAGUUGCAUUAAAGUUGGAAAGCCUUUCGGAUAUCCACCCGUGAAUCGCGGUCGAACGUAUCACGACGUCAACGGUGGGGCCGUCAAACGAAACAUGGCGUCCGUUAGGUUAUCACUAUGAGCGCUCAUCAAUUUGAUCUUAAUAAAUGUGGAAUUAUCAUUUAACCUACGGAUUGACGCGGAGCGUCGCGUCCUCGUGGAGAGGAACACGAUGCUUUGAAAAAUACAUCGAAGGUUUAUUCGUCGACUAACCAGAAGACUUUUAACCGAAGAAGAAUCCUUCUCGUCAACAGUGGCUUGUGGGUAUACACACCCUGACGCGACACUUCGGUGGAACAAUUUCGAGACAACUUUUCGUCAUUCCACCCUCUUCGAAUUAUUGUCCACCGAUUACGACAAAAUAAAAAAGAAAAUUGACAUCACUUUUGACAACCCUUAUGUGACGUCGGUGAAUUCCUCAGCCAAAAUGCCGGCCCCUAUUAAAUUGUUUUUAUCCACGGGGUGGUAGCGAUACCGAUUAUAUUCUUUCACCCCGCUUGUUAUCGUGAAACCUAAGUGUUAUAUCGAAUUCUCAUUUUAAUAUUCAUUUACUACGAUGUUUAACAACUUGUAUCACAACCAUGUAUCACGCUUACACGAACAUUAUUAAAAGUUACAUGAUACAUAGGUAAAGAGUUAUUUUCAAAGUCUGAUAACUUUUCUAAGACUCUAUGCAAAAUGAAUAAAUGAGAACGCAUUGGUAUAACUUUGUUAAAUUAAUUUUCAUUUCAAUGGGGAAACCUUGAGAUACUCCUUUUUUGUUUUGUGUGAUGUGUAAUCAAAGAGACAAAAUAUUGUCUAGAGGUGCAAAAAUAAGAGACUGUGAUUUGCACGGACUAAAAGACUACAGAAAGUGUUGAUCCAUAUGCCGCCGGCCGGGCUAUCGGCAAGGGGCUUGUCUACCUUGAUGGACCACGGACAACCAGAUGCUCGUCAUCGGAGCGAGCGGUUUUUACUUUAUCCAGAGAAUGGCUCUACAUAUUCUCAUACUUCUAGUACAGCCACCUUGUCUCCACGAUAUCAAUCUGGAAACAGAGGGAACAAUCAUUCCACCAGUUACGGAUAUUUAUAUGGACGAACGUCCAGUAACAAUAUGUCAGACAGCAGUGUUUCCGAUACACACAGUGGUGGUACGGCAAGAACUGUUUCCCAACAAACUAGCCCAUCUCAUGGAACUCAUUCAUCAUCUCGUUCACGACAGGAUAACAGUUCAACUAUUUUCACUGCGCUAUUUGAUUAUGUUGCUCAAGGUGAAGAUGAGUUAUCUUUACAAAGAGGUGAAACUGUUGAGGUUUUGUCCAAGGACUCUAAAAUCUCAGGUGAUGAGGGAUGGUGGACUGGAAAAAUUCAUGGAAAAGUUGGAAUUUUUCCAGCUAAUUUUGUUGCCGAGGUAGAGAGUAUUGAUAGGGUAUCAUCAGUGAUUGAUAAAGUUCAACCAAUUGAAAUAGAUUUUGAAGAAUUGCAAUUAGAAGAAGUUAUUGGUGUUGGUGGUUUUGGUAAAGUGUAUAGAGGGUUUUGGCAGAAGCAUGAAGUAGCUGUGAAAGCAGCUCGCCAGGAUCCAGAUGAAGAACCUAGUGUAAUAUUAGAAAAUGUCAGACAAGAAGCAAAAUUAUUUUGGUUAUUAAAACAUGAAAAUAUUGUGCAAUUAGAAGGUGUUUGCUUGAAAAUGCCAAACAUGUGUCUUGUCAUGGAAUACGCUAGAGGAGGUAGUUUAAAUAGAGUUUUAAGUGGUAGAAAAAUCAGACCGGACGUUCUUGUAGAUUGGGCAAUUCAAAUUGCACGUGGUAUGGAUUAUCUUCAUAAUAAAGCACCUGUCAGUCUUAUUCAUAGAGACUUAAAGAGUUCUAAUGUGUUACUAAGUGAACCUAUAGAAAAUGAUGAUCUUCAAUAUAAAACACUAAAAAUAACAGAUUUUGGAUUGGCUAGAGAAGUUUAUAAAACCACACGUAUGUCAGCUGCAGGAACAUAUGCCUGGAUGGCGCCGGAAGUUAUUAAGAAAAGUACUUUUAGUAAAGCUAGUGAUGUUUGGAGUUAUGGUGUACUUUUAUGGGAAUUGUUAACCGGUGAAACACCCUAUAAAGGUAUAGAUGCAUUAGCUGUAGCUUAUGGUGUUGCAGUCAAUAAACUGACGCUUCCAAUUCCAUCAACUUGUCCUCAACCUUGGAGGUGUCUCAUGGAAGCUUGCUGGUCGUCAGACAGUCAUUGCAGACCUGGUUUUGCGGAAAUUUUAUUAGCAUUAGACGAAGUACGUAGUGCAUUUGCAGCAACACCACAUGAAUCAUUUCAUACAAUGCAAGAAGAUUGGAGGCUUGAAAUUGAACAAGUUCUUCAUGGAUUGCGCAUGAAAGAGAAGGCAUGCCGUUCUCUCGAAGAGGAAUUGCGCUGUAGAGAAGAGGAAUUGACAAAAGCACAAGUGCAACAACGACAACACGAAGAAAAUUUGCGACAACGAGAACAAGAAUUAGCGGCUCGUGAAAUAGAUUUAUUAGAACGUGAACUAACAGUCAUGAUAAUACAACAGCAAAAUACACCUACGCCGAAUAAAAGGCGUGGUAAAUUUAAAAAAUCUAGAUUAAAAUUGAAUAAAAAAGAACCAGGAAGUAAUAUUAGUGCUCCUUCAGAUUUUCGUCAUACGAUAACUGUUCAGCAUACGGCCUUAGACAGAGGGAAAGGUAGAAAUCCAUCAAAACCAAACAGUCCACCAGGUUCACCUAGUAUUCCAAGACUUCGUGCAAUUGCAUUACCAGCAGAUGGAGUUAAGGGUAAGACUUGGGGACCAUCUACUCUUCAUCAACGAGAGCGUGGAGCUAUAAUCACACAACCACCAAAUCCUGCAUCGCCCGGUGGCAAACGUUGGUCUCGUUCUGCGCCAGAUCUUGAAAAGACUCCACUGCGUACAGCUUUGCUGGCAAGCGCACAUCGUUCCCCGCUUCUGCAAGAAAUAGGCCUUUCUGAAGAAAACAUUUAUCCCACUCAUUAUACAGCAUUACCAUCUGAUAUCUCAACCGAAUGGGUAACACCGGAUUAUUCUUUAACACCUGGAUUGACUGGUGCUUACAUCAUGCCAAUGCCUGUUCCUAUGGCUACUCUAUACAAUGGUGAAAUGAAAAAACCAAAAUUAAGCAUAAUUGAGCUGGUAUUAUACAAUAUCGCAGCCAUGUUGGCUGGUGUGGCGACAGGGUAUGAUGUGCGAAUGUCAAACAUAUCUCCAAUUCAUCCAAGACUACAUCCACGAUUAAAUGAAUGCGAAGAUGAUUUACCAAGAUGGUGGUUUCAUGCAGAUAUUGGAUCAAAUCGUAAUUCUAGUUACCUUGGCCCUGACUAUGAAUUUAGUUCGAGCAGUGGUUAUCCUCAUAAUACUUAUCAUGGACCAGCUCGUCAUUAUAGGCCAUUUUUGAGUAAUAUGGGUGGUAUUGCUCCAGGUCUUCCUCCUAGUGUUAUAACAGAUAAACCAUUACGGUUUACAGAUUCACCACAACAUUAUGUCAGUAGUACAGGUUCUAAUGCCCCAACACCAAGCCCACGUAGAAAAAGUAGUAGUACAAGUAAUGAAGAUACAUACCCAUCUGAUACAAUUAGAGCCGAACGUAUAGAAAGGGGAACUGCACUUUAUAUGGCAAAUGCACCAUUUCCUGAUUAUGGACCACCAGUGUAUUCAAUUGCUCCAUCGGUAAGACGUAAUCCACCUGAAUCAUCUUAUUUUGUACACCCAGAUUAUCAUGAACGAAUGUUAGACUGUCCUGAAUUUCCACAUGCAUAUGACAAUCCAAGUAGUAUAAACAAUACUGCUCGACCUACAUCAAGACUUCCUUUGUACACACAUCAUCGCACCUCAUCGAACGUUUCCAAUGCAAGUACAUCAAGUCAGAGUAACAUUAAUCCAACAUUUCGUUUAGAGGAUGAAGAAAUUUACUCUUUAUAUCCACCAAGUUUCUUUUAUCAACGAUCAUCAAACAUUAUCUCAAAUAUAGCAUUAUAUAAUUCUGGUAUCCUUAAUCAUGAAUAUGGUUCGAAAUUUCUAUCGCGUCAAAAUUCUCACGAAUCAAAUUCGAAUUCUGGAGAACGUCCAAGUAAUCUUGAGGUAGUUACUCGUUUACGCUCGAGUUUGAAACGAUCUAAUUAUUCUUAUAAUUCCCCAAAUAAAGGUACAAGUAAAAAUAAUUCAGGGUCUUGUACGCCAACGAAUCCUACACCACCAGAUUCACUAACGUCGGAAGAUUCGAGUUAUGUUUCAGCAAAAGAUAGUCAAAUUUCUAUAAGUAGAGUUCGAUUUUCUCCUGUAACAUUUGAUCGAGAUGGAGUUUCGCGCGAUCAUAGGGAAACAUUAUUAGAUAUUCCUGUGCAUGGACAAACGCAAGAUGCGACAGUACCUUUACAAGCUAACCGACGUCCGAAUAGAAAUAGAAAACCAAGUAUCUCUGAAUUAGAAAGAGAAUUUUUAUCAUAGCACUGGCUUAUUUAAAAUAAUGGGAAGAUAGCCAGAGUUAAUAGCCACUGUAAUCUAUUCAUUUCGAAAAUAUCAUACACUGUAAUUUGAGUAAUUGAGAGAUUAAUGGAAUGCGGCGAAAUACUUUAAUAGGAAUGUUAUAAGUGCGAUGUAUUACGAUCUACGUCAUUAAAACACUGCCUCCUGUAAAAUGUUUUCAUAUAACAAUACUGCAGAAAAUCUUGUACACUAAGAAUAUUUUACAUUCCAGUUAACUUGUUAGUUGAGAUAAUCAAGAAGAUUCUCUAAUAAGAUAUUAAUCUAUUUAUAAUGAACAAAGAAUCAUUGUGUCUCUUGCAUUACAAUUUAUAUUACACAAUAAUUCAUGAAAAUGAUAGGAAUAUAUAUAUUCAAAUGACUAAUAAAAAACUACAUUUAUGUAGUAUGGUUUAAAGAAACAGUUUCAUAUAUUAUUUAUAUCUUUAUAUAUACAUUCCAUAUAUAUGUGUGUAUGCCUUAUUAAUACUGAUAAAAAAAGUGGAAACAAAUAGUAAUAUGUAUACUGUUGUAUUACAAUUUUUAUUUACUUAAAAGUAAAAUUAUAUGAAAAAUGUUUAUUAGACUUUUAUAUGUUCUUUUAAUUAAUGAUAUAUUGUUUCCUAAUUAGCACGAUUAUAUACAUAUAUAUGUUGCAGUAAUGUUCAGUAUUGUAGUAAUAACAUUCCAAUGAAAUUUGUAUAAGAUAUAUGAAUAUUAUUUUUUACAACUAUUUGUUAUACACUUAUUCAUCAGUAAUUCUUUAAUUAUUCGUAAUAUCAUUUAUAAUAAUUUUACUUCCAUUGUAAUAUUUAUUUUGAAUCAUAAUAGGCACUGAAUUAUAUGGUAUUUUAGAUUUUUUUAUAUACAAUAAGUAAUUUUAAUAUUCGGACACUACAAACUUUUUUGUUAUCCGAAAAUUUAAAGUUACUCACUGUAAUAAUAGAGCCAUAAAAAUACACAAUGUUAUUAUACGAUGUAUUUCGCCGCUGUUUCAAAUAUUAUUUUAUUAUCUUCCCAUGUAAAGUUGCAUACAACACGAUGAAUAUGCAUACUCAUUCGAAUUGAAAGAUAUUAGAUAUAUAAUACUAAAUAAUAGGUACAUAUAUAAUAAAAAGUUGUAUAGUAAGAAUUUGUAUGUACUUAUAAAUUAUCAUUGAAGAUAAAUUGCGUACCCAACUGAGACACUUGUCAGAGUACUUCUUUUUUUAUGUAAUACAGCAUGCAUUGAACUGGUUAGUGUGCCUGUAGAUCAUAGUAGUCAACAUGCAUAGUACUCUACAAAUGGUACAGUUAUAUAGGGUACAAUCUGUUUAUAAGUGAUUUUAGAAUUUAAACACCUCAUAUAAAUAAUCAAUAUUGUACAUACAAAUAAGCACUAAUUGAUAAUUAUCACUUUAUAUUAGAUCAACUAUGCCUACAUUCCUUGUACAAUUUGUAUAAUACAUAUCUCUUAGGCGCAUAUAGAAUUAAAUCAAAUAUACUACAUACACCUUGGAGAUAUGAAAGCCAAUAGUAAUACAAAUGUGCAUAUAAAAUACAAUGCACUCAUCAAAGAGAAUUUUGAGAGAUAUACUUUCAAUUUGAUAUAUAUUACAAUUGGAAAGUAUGGAAGAUAAUAGUGAAUGUGUCAUUCACUUAAUAUACUUAUCAACUACUAAAAGAACUAACUAAACAUUGUAAGGAUAUGUAUUGUUAAUUUAUUAUUAAUAAGUAGUGCCUGAAAUUACUAUAUGGUACGCAUAGUGAGUUGGAUUAGAUCAGUAUUCAUCCCUCACAUAUAAGGCAAAGUUGCUACAUGAAAAUUAAAGUAUGAAAGUAUAAACAUAGGAGACAGUUUGUAGUACGUGCUCAUACAGUGCAAAAUUCUCUUAUAUAUAUGUAGUAUGAGUGCUACAAAUCUUAGCAACAGGUAAUAAUUAACAUAUGAUUUUAAUUUAAUAUUAAAAAUCAAUCAAAAUCUAUUUAUAUUUUACGUAUAUUUUAUACUCUAUGUUUUAUACAAAUCAAAAGUAAUUUCUUUAUUUCUAUAAUUAAACAUGAAAUUACAUCUCAACAUGCAAAACAUAGGAAUUUUCUUUUAAAAGAGUACAAUUGGAUAAACAUGAUACUUUCCUGAUUGAUAAAAAUCAGUAUUGUAGGAUAUACUGCAAUGUACAUAAAAUAUAGUAGGAAUAAAAUAAAAAGGAAAGUGCUUCAUCAUAAAGCAUCAUUUUUUACAAUGGAAUGUUUUUAAAUUGUUGAAGUUGUAGUAAUACUAUAAUUUUACUAAUAGAUCUCUUUGAUCUAUUAUAUUAAUAUCAACAGUAUAUUAUCUAUAAAACGUAUCUGGAGAGAUCGAUUUGGUUUAAAAUGCGAAUAUGACAUUUCACUAGAGAGAUCUUUGUUAAGAAAAGAUUUAUGGAAGUUCAGUAUGCAUUUCUAUCUUUGUUAAGUACAGAAAAGUGACACAUUAUUAUAUAAAAUAAAUCAUUUAAGAGAUAUCUUGCAUUUUAUUAUAUACAUAUACAUUAUGUAAUAUAGAGAAAGAUUUAGGUAAAUUGGUUAUAUCACAUAAUAAUCUGAAGCUGAAUAAUUUAUAAUGGGUAUACCUUUCUGUGCCAUACAAAGACAUUUCGCGGUGCUAGUAUCACAUAUUUAAUGUAAGUGACACAAAAAUUCAAAAUGCUUCCAAAAUAAUCGAGAAACAUUUAACAAAAUUUUAGAAUGCUAAUAUCAAUACAUUAAUAGUUAUGAUAAUUUAAUUCUAUGAGAUUAUGAUGUUCGGCAGCUAUAGAUGUAUGAAUUAUAUAACGGCGUACAAUCGCCACCUGUGCUAGUCUAAGCUAUAUUUAUUUUUUAUAUAUUAUGACUUGUUUAGAUUAAAUUAUAUAGAAGAAGAAACAGAUUUUGUAUUCUAUCAGAUGUGUGCGAUAUUUAACAUAUUCAAUGGUAUAUUUAAAGUAAAUUACACACAAAAAGAAUACUUAUCAGUUAUAAAAAUUAUCUUUUUUGGUCAACAGUAUUAAUAUAUUUGACAAAAUGUUCAAAUGCUAUAUGCUGCACAUAAAAAUUGUUUGCAGAAAUAGAGUUGUACGAUUUAUAUUUAAAUUCUCUCUCAUAUUCUUAAAUAUAUAUAUAAUAUGACCAAAUCAUAGACACACACAAACACACACACAAAACACACUAAACCUAUCUCUUAUAAAAUAAAAUUAAAUUGUAAAUAUAUAAUGAUAUAACUCACAUUCAAACUUGCAUGUGUUGCUUGCAAUCUAAUAAUUUUGUACAAUAACAUUUAUGACCAAGAAAUUAACUGUAAAUGAAAUGUCUGAUUGAACAUUUGUACUGUGAUAGUUCCCCUCAUGUUUGUACGUGUACUUGUCUGUAGAAGGAUAAUGUAGUUUUACUUAAUAUAUAAUAUAGAUAUAUAUAUAUAUAAAAAUAUAAUUUUAUUAUGAUGGGGAGAUAUCACAGUUCUUCAAAUAUACAUAUAUAUAGAUCAUUCUCAUAAAGUUACAUUUUUUUUUUUUAAUUUCUUGAUUUUAUUAUGGAGACAGGCUUAUAAAAAAAUGAGAAAAGAAAAAAUAACUCACGAUUCCAUAUAAAUAUGAGAAUUAUUUAAACUACUCAAUAGUCAUAAGAAUAUAAUUAAGCAGCUGAGUGCAAUGUGUUCCACGUGUAUUUAAGCAACAAAUGAUUGCUUUGGUGUGCGCCUUAAAUAAAAGUAACGCAGAGUGUGGAUUUCUGAAUACUAAGAAAUCUAUAAAAGAACAUAAUUAUAAAAAAAGUUUAAGAUAAUUAUUACAAUAAAAAAAAAACAAUUUCAAAUAUAAUAUCGGAUAUUGCAAUUUAAGCUUUUUUUCUUUUUGGUGGACACAAAAGAUUUAAUUUGAGACUAAUUUUACAUUAGCAAAAUGACAAAUAAUUUCUUACUACCAAUUGCUUUUAUAAAAAUGCUUUCGAGAUUAUAAUAGAAUACAAAACGUAAAAGAACAAUUUUCAAUAUGACAUGUAUGCACUAAAAACUCAUGUAUUUUUUCAAGUAUUGUACAUUAUUCUCUAAAUAUUAGUUAUAUAAAUUAUAAAUAAUAAUCGGACUUAUAUGCAUUAUAAUAAUAAUUAUUAUCAUAACAUCAA